GGGUGCAGGGAGGGAGGCCGAUGGGAAUCCCAGAUUGGGGGAGCUCGACGAAUUUGGGCGGGAGAGUGGGAGACCUUGAAGAGCCCUCUGUGCCCUAGGACUCGAGAGAGGAGGGUGGGCGACAGGAUUGGAGGCCGACGGGGUAGUAGAAACGGGGGAGCGGCUGGAAGGUGUGGGAGAUGUCAGGAAGCUGGCUUCUCCGCCCAGGGGUCUAGGCCGCCUGGUCUCCCAGCGUCCUGGGGAGCCGUCCUGCCCGGCAUGCCGCAUCCACCUGGGGCCAGGCCUUGGGCCAGCGCUUUAGUAGGGGGGGACCCAGGGGCGCUGGCCUGGUGGUGUGCGGAUGGGCCUCCCCAAGGCCUCGCUGGGCCACCGAGGGGACUCUGGAGACUGGGCUCGCGGCCCCUGCACUGCGUCCCUCCGCUCUCACCUGAGACCAGGAAUGGCAGAGGCUGUAGAAACUUGAGGAGGAGGGGGAACAUAGAUGGCUGCACACAGAAUCUAGAGACUUCAAAUAAUGUGGAGAUGUUCCGACCUUCAGGUUCCACUGGGCUCAUCCCCCCAUCCCAUUUCCAAGCUCGGCCCCUUCCAACCAUGCCAAGAAUGGCUCCCACCUGGGUCUCAGACAUUCCCCUGGUCCAACACCCAGCCCAUCAAGGUGUCUCAGAGAGGCGGCCAGACAUCCAGAGACCUCAAAUGAUCAUGUGGGAACAGGAUGUUUCUGGCAAUGGGCAGGAGCCGGGGCAGAGAGGCAGGUCCAUGGAGCUGCAGGGGUCUCAGGCCUUGAGCCAGCAGGCAGAACUGAUCUCUAGGCAGCUGCAGGAGCUGCGACGGCUCGAGGAGGAGGUCCGGGUCUUGCGGGAGACCUCGCUGCAGCAGAAGAUGAGGCUGGAGGCCCAGGCCAUGGAACUGGAGGCUCUGGCACGGGCAGAGAAGGCCGGCCGAGCUGAGGCCGAGGGCCUGCGUGCUGCCUUGGCUGGGGCCGAGGUUGUCCGGAAGAACCUGGAAGAGGGGAGCCAGCGGGAGAUGGAGGAGGUUCAGAGGCUGCACCAGGAGCAGCUCUCCUCCUUGACACGGGCUCACCAGGAGGCUCUUUCCAGUUUGACCCACAAAGCCGAGGGGUUGGAGAAGUCUCUGACUAGCAUGGAAGCCAGCAGGGCAGGAGAAGCCACGGAGCUGGCCAUGGCCCGGAGGGAGGCCCAGCUGCUGCGGGAACAGCUGAGCAAGACCCAAGAAGACUUGGAGGUUCAGGUGACCUUGGUUGAGAACCUAAGGAGAUAUGUGGGGGAACAAGUCCCCCCCGAGGUUCACAGCCAGACAUGGGAGUCAGAGCGACUGGAGCUUCUAGAGACCGUGCAGCACUUGCAGGAGGACCGAGAUGGCCUACACGGGACUGCAGAGCUGCUGCGGGUGCGCGUGCAGAGCCUCACACACAUCCUUUCCAUGCAGGAGGAGGAGCUGGCCAGGAAGGUGCAGCCUUCAGAUUCCCUAGAGCCCGAGUUCCCCAGGAAGGGCCAGUCCCUGCUGACACGCUGGCGGGAGAAGGUGUUUGCCCUCAUGGUGCAGCUAAAGGCCCAGGAACUGGAGCAUGGAGCGUGCGUGCAGCAGCUGAAGGGACAGGUGGCAGAACUCCAGGAAAGAGCAGCAGCCCAGAGCCAGGAGCAGGCCAUCCUGCAGCGCUCCCUGGAGGACAGAGCUGCACAGGUGGAGGUGGAGCGAUUAGGUGCCAAGUCCCUGCAGAUGGAGCUGAACCGGGCCCAGGAAGCUUGGCGCCGGGGGCAGCAGCAGACAGCCUCGGCUGAGGAGCAGCUGAAGCUUGUGGCCAAUGCUGUCAGCAGCUUUCAGACCUGGCUCCAGAACACCGAGGCCAAGGUGGAGCAGGCUGCAGCCCGGCUGCCCAGCCUCAGCAGCCGAGUCAGCUAUGCCGUCCGCAAGGUCCACACCAUUCAGGGCCUGAUGGCUCGAAAACUGGCCCUUGCUCAGCUGCGCCAGGAGAGCCGCCCCCCAGCCCCACCAACAGAGGAUGUGAGCCUUGAGUUGGAGCAGCUGCGGGAAGAGCGGAGCCGCCUGGAUGCAGAAGUGCAGCUCAGUGCCCACAUCAUCCAGCAGGAGGUGGGCCGCGCCCGGGAGCAAGGGGAGGCGGAGCGGCAGCAGCUGAAUGAGGUGGCCCAGCAGCUGGAGCAGGAGCUGCGGCGGACCCAGGAGUCCCUGGCCAGUGUGGGGCUGCAGCUGGAAGCGGCUCGCCAGAGCCAGCAGGAGAGCACAGAGGAGGCUGCCAGUCUGCGGCAGGAACUGACCCAGCAGCAGGAGAUCUAUGGGCAAGCUCUGCAAGAGAAGGUGGCUGAAGUGGAAUCCCGGCUACGGGACCAGCUCUCAGAAACAGAACGGAGACUGAAUGAGGCUCGGCAGGAGCAUGCCAAGGCCGUGGUCUCGCUGCGUCAGAUGCAGCGCAAAGCCACCCGGGAAAAGGAGCGGAACCAGGAGCUCAGGCGCCUGCAGGAGGAGGCCCGGAAGGAGGAGGGGCUGCGGUUGACCCAGCGCCUGCAGGAGCUCGAGAGGGACAAGAACCUCAUGCUGGCCACCUUGCAGCAGGAGGGUCUCCUCUCCCGUUACAAGCAGCAGCGACUGUUGGCAGUUCUUCCUUCCCUGGAUAAGGGGAAGCCUGUGCAGUCCAGCCCCAGGCCGUCAGGGUCUUCAGCACCAGGACCUCCAGCAGCAGCACUCUCCCCCAGGAAGACUGUGAAAGCCUGUUUCUCUGCACAGAACCACCAUGGCCUUCCCCCAUCUGGCUCCCAUCCCCUGGGGUCUUCUUUCCCAGGAUCCCUCUCUGUCCUGCUGGAUGACCUGCAGGGCCUGAGUGAGGCCAUUUCCAGAGAGGAAGCUGCUUCUCAAGGAGACAACCAGAACUCUCCUGCUCCCGUCUGUCUUUGAGCUGCCGGGUGCUCAGAGCCCCUGGGAGCUCGGGGGCCCUAGGGGGCCAGGAGGAUCAUGGAGAAGUGGGGUGAGGUUCGGGGGCCCUGCCCUUGGGGAUACCAGCCACUAAGGUGUCUGGAUUCUGUGCCUCAAUAAAGAUGACUAUAAUAGAAGCCACCUCAUGGACAUGUUGUCUUUGGGAAUAGAGGGGCUUUUCUGUGCAGCUGCCUCUUGGGGAAAUGUGAGAGGUGGUCCCCCACACAACUUUAUCUAUAUGGUACCUUUUCCAAAACCCCUUUCUAGGUUGCUUGGGAAGUUUCUUGAGAAGCUCCAGUUUUUCUUUGUUCUCUAGUUUUAAAACUCUUUACCUCUGAAAGAUGAUUAGUGCCAGAGGCAGAUAAAUAUUCACCCAUUUAACAGGCAGUGUCCUGCUCGCCCGUGGGGCUUGCCGGGAAGGUCCCUGGGAGAGACGUGCCUGGUGAAUGACGGAGCAUUUCAGACAAGUGCUAUGAAGAGAACAAA